GAAGGGGGGAAAAAAACCAAAACGUGGUGGAGAAAGUUGUGCAGAUUUCGAGGGAAUUUCUGGGAGAGAGAGAGAGAAAACAGGGUGGGACCGAAAGUAUCCAAAUGAUGAACUGUUUCAUUGAUUGAUUGAUUGAUUGAUUGGGAUUUUUCACUAGUUUUAUUGGCGUUUCAUGGCUUUGAAGAGAAGAACAGGACUGAGAAUAAAACAAAAAGUGCAAAAAGCUCCAGGAUGCAACCACAAGACGCAGAGUUUCACACCGAGGGUUUACCGAAAGCGUUUCUGCACAGCCUGCGGACUUUGUUCGAUAUUUUAGACGACGGAAAGCGAGGCUUUGUGCACAUAUCCGAGAUCGAAAGUCGGUGGCAGGGCGCGGACACGCAGGAGCUCCCGGGCGGUGUGCUGGAGAGUCUGCGGCGCGUCACACCUCCGCACGGCUGCCUCACCUUCGAGCGCUUCGUCGCGGGGCUCCGGUACUCCAUCCUCAACCCUGAUAAAGCGCAUCCUUCCCAGCAGCGGCGCGGCUUCAGAGCGCCCGGUACUAAAGCGCGGCCUCUGGGACCGUGCAACGGCACUAACGUUCAUCACAGCCGCGCGAGCGCGCCGCAGAACCGCACGCGACCGCAGUAUGACAGCAGCGCGAGCGCGCACGCGAGCAAACACUGCACGAGCGAUGCGAAACCCGGAGCUAACACUCAGCCUCACAGCCGGGAGCGCGCGCACAGUAACCGGUCCGAUUCGGUUCGCGUGGGGACAAAGGCGCAGCACCAACCACCAACCCGCGUGCACUCAGUCGAAUCAAUCCCGGCUGAGUCUUUUCACAAGACUAGUCAGCAGCAGGGUGAACGUGUUGGUCUGCCUCGCUCACAGAGCGAGACUACGACAGGGUUUGCGGUGACCAGGAGGCACAGCAGGAGCCGGGAAGAGCCGAGGCGACACACCAUCACUAACGGGGUUGACUAUGGGAUGCUAAAGCAGAUGAAGGAGCUGGAGCAGGAGAAGGACUCGCUGCUGUCUGGGCUGGAUGUGGUGGAGAGAGCGAGAGAGUGGUACCAGAGUCAAAUCCACAACGUGAACGAGAGACAGAGGCUCGUCGGGCAGAGCAGCCACCUCACCGAUUUUCUGACAGAAUCCAAUCAAUGUCGAUUGAAUGUCCUCCUGCCGAAACUACAGGAAGUGAACCGCUGCCUUAAUGAGCUCAUCUCCUGCUCUGGAAUGUCCUUCCCCUCUCCGAGCGCACAGUCCUCUAUCCUCUCCCCGAGCGUUCUACCUGUUCCUGCUCCUCCACAGGCCAUCCAGAGACUGAAGGACCAGAACCACCUUCUCACACAGGAGGUGACGGAGAAGAGUGAACGCAUUACCCAGCUGGAACAGGAGAAGUCGGCUCUGAUUAAGCAACUGUUUGAAGCCCGAGCUCGUAGCGCUCACGACAACAGUGUCCUCGACUCAACCUUCAUAUGAGCACACGGAUCAGAACACAACCACAACCAGUUCUCACUUUUAUUCAGCCGAAGGACUGCGAACACUGCUUGAGUCCACCAGACUGCGAUUUGACUGCGACUGCUGCUCUCAUGGUGUAACGAUGAGAUUUUAUUUGACUGCAACCUGCAAAGUUUUUUUAAAUGUUACACAUUUCUUCACAAGCAAGAUCGACUCUAGGUUUAUGUACGACUUCAACCACUUUUGCAUGAAUCUUGCCACGUGUUGUGCACUGACAGACGUUGACAGAUCAGUGGCUUUCAGCCUGAGCUUGAACUGCAUUUUAACUUUCAAGGUUUUUUUUUUUUAAUGAAUGGACCUGAAUGCUAUGGCUUAGCCUCUGAUCUUUACACUCGUGAACCCACCACACCUGAACUAACCAGUCAGACAAUGAAACAUUUCGUGUUCUUACAUUGUGAAUCUUUGUCGUCAUACUGGGCCUUGUUUACCAAACUGGCUACGAACAAAAUUAGUCAUAAAUCGUUUACGUGAGCAUUUCUACAAGAAAUGUAGCAUUCGUGAAAAUCCAUUUAGUUUGGAAAAGUGUUUGCGAACUAUGAGAGCUGCUGAGUUUGUGUAAAUGUCCGUCGCUAACAUUAAACUUAAAGGAGAACUGAAGUCAUUUUUAAACUUGCUUUAUUUAACGUGUUAUUCAAUUACGUUUUCGGUUUUAGUAACCUUAUAUUGUGAUUCGUAUUGGCAACUAAUCGCAAUUAAAUAUUAUACUUAUCGGCCUGUUCGGUUUUUAGCCGUGUUGAAUUUAGUUCAUUUGGUCCACGGUAGGCGUCGCUUAUCCGCACGAUCUUCACGAGACUUGUGCAAGACUUCGAAACGUGAAGUGUCAGCCAGGUGUCAGUGCCGCCAUUUUGAAAACUGUUUUCCGAACAAAAUAUUGCACAAAAACGAGUUUAAAUGACGAUUACUGGCUACUUUUUUCAAACUUUCCUGAUUGCUAUCAAAACGAACAAAACUUCCGGCUUGAUUACGUCAGCGUUCGAAAGAGGGCGCGCGCGUCUUUUGACAACGUUGGUAGAUGCUGGUCACUUUGAUUUCCGCUGUACGUUUUACUUCCGUCCUACAAUGUCUUGCACAGGUCGCAACGAAUCUCGUUUACGGCCGUUGCUUUGACAUAUGGACUGAUAUAUUACAGAGCAUAUUUCAAACACUCAUAACCAGGGCUUUGAACCAGAAUUUUUUUCCUAUUGGUUCGUUCCGAACAGAAACGGAAUUUUAACGUUUCCGGUUUUGGGUUCCACCAUUAAAUAGACGUUCCCGAACCGGUUAGAACAAAAAAAUUUCGUUCCCGGAACGGUUAAUUACGUUCCCUGUCAGCUGUUUAACAAAUGGCUAUAAAAUUAUGUCUCUGUCUCAUCCAGCUUAAGCCAAAUGUAGGCUAAUUCUAUUACAACCUUCAUUAAAUAAGACAAGAAAUAAUUCAAAACAAUUAUUAUUUCAAAUGUUGGCGAUUUGGAUUCUCAGUAUGUCUUCCCAUCUACACAAACAGAAAAAGUGCCAAAAAAUGAAAGAUAAUUCGUUUAGUGUGUUACCAAAGGCUAGUCAGGCCCUAUGCAUUGAUAGGCUAACAGAGGUUAACGUCAUUUAAUGUUCGCGAGCCUCUCAUUAACGUGGACAAAAAUAUUGAUAUCGUGUUUGAAAUUGACGUUUUCGAAUAACGAUAGACUGCAAUAUUUACCUCUUAUUUAAGAUGUGGAGACGUGAUAGUAGUCCACCCUCCCGCUCUCUCCAUUCAGUCAGCGAACGCCACACAGGAAGUGAACCCCAGCGGGUCAUAGAAACUUGCGCAGGAGAAGAAUGACUUUUUUAUUUGUAGGCUACGGAAACUUUGAGGAAUGAAAUAAAAACCGGUAUUAAAUGGUUACCAUUAUUUUUAAUAAGCGUUUCUGUUCCGGAACAUAAAAAAUAAUAAAGUUUAUGGUUUCGUUUCUGUUCCAUGUGAAAUAGAAAAAGUUCCUGGUUUUCGUUUUCGUUCCUUGAACCGGUUCAAAGCCCUGCUCAUAACUUGCUAUAGCAGUGACAAAAUAGCGAUCAAAAAUGCAUUCCUAUAUUUAAUAAAAUGAGAAAUAGAAUUGGCGGCACGGUGGUGUAGUGGUUAGCGCUGUCGCCUCACAGCAAGAAGGUCCUGGGUUCGAGCCCCGGGGCCGGCGAGGGCCUUUCUGUGUGGAGUUUGCAUGUUCUCCCCGUGUCCGCGUGGGUUUCCUCCGGGUGCUCCGGUUUCCCCCACAGUCCAAAGACAUGCACGUUAGGUUAACUGGUGACUCUAAAUUGACCGUAGGUGUGAAUGGUUGUCUGUGUGUCAGCCCUGUGAUGACCUGGCGACUUGUCCAGGGUGUACCCCGCCUUUCGCCCGUAGUCAGCUGGGAUAGGCUCCAGCUUGCCUGCAACCCUGUAGAAGGAUAAAGCGGCUAGAGAUAAUGAGAUGAGAUGAGAAUGAGAAAUAGAAUUUUGAUAAUAAAAAAAUUUGCCUUCAGUUCUCCUUUAAUUGAUCGGCUUCAAAUCGUAUAAUUGACGUCGAGUCAGCGCAAUUAUAUAUCCGGGAUUACACUGUCAAGUUUAACUUGCAUAUUUAUUUAAAUUGCACAGCAGUUUAUUUCAACUUUUGUGUAACGCACUUGCUAAAAAUGAAUGACAUGACAGAAAUCAAUCCAAAUCCAAAAUUUAGUUCACCUCCUUUCCUGCUUAUCUGUGUACAUCUACAGGAUUAAGUCACAGACCAGAUGGCACAUCAGAUCCCAAAAUCUCUCACUCAUGUCACAAAUAGUACAUAGGUAUGUGAUUUGAGACACAAUAUUAGUUUGUUUAUUCAGUUGUAAAUGCAGUAUCUCAUGGUGCUAUACUGCCCCUGCUGUUUACCCUGGUAUUGCACCAUGUCCUGUGACACGUUCAUUUCUGAAGCUGUGUGUAGACGACACUCCAAAUAAAUGACCGCAGGAUACACGCACAGUCACUUCAUGCCACAAUACACAAUCCUCCUUGGUCUUCUUCUCCUACAAGUUAUGACAUGGAAAAUUCCCCAAAGCUGUAACUGCAUUCCUGUUCGCUGAUUAGGGGAUACUAAUAGGUAAAACAGUAUGGCACAUAAGGUUCAUGAACGCAGUUCGAGCUUUGGCCAGUUAGCGCGCAGUACGGCGCAGUCACGUGAUUUUCAAUCAUGGCGGAGUAGACAAAUUUUUCGGCUAGAUUCAGAAAAUCGGCAGCAUGGGACAUUAAUACUGAUUUGAAGUCGCUGACAUGUUGAUUCGGGAAACUUUUAUUGUUUUGUGAUCAAACGGAGACUGACGCAUUGUAUAUGGAGUGGACUAUUCAUGACUUACAGCUUUGGGGAUUUUUGUCAUAACUUGUAGGAAAAGAAGACCGAGGAGGAUUGUGUUUUGUGACAUGUAGCGACUGUGUAUAAACGUGCCAGCCAUCUUGCAUACAAACAUUUAAAAGCGAGUAUUAUUGCUGGGUUUCAGUCACGUGACUUUUCUUAGCGGUUUUACCGGAAGUGAAAUAGCUGGUGGUCUAAACGGCUGCUGUAGCGCAAACAACUAGUGGUAACUUAUCAGAGUACGCUCAUAAUCUAGAAGCCACUGCUGGCUUUAGAUAUAUUCAGAAGAUCGCUAUGUGCAAUGGAAUCGACCCCUACAGUCUGGGAAAGAAGGAUUUGUCAUACGAUCUCGAAAACUACCCUUCAGUCGAGUUCCCCGACAUCUCGAACUAUCUGGUGUUACAGACGUCCUUCUACACCGCAAAACAGGUGGAAGAGUAUGGAGGCUUACAACUUUUUUGUAUGUGGCUGGGUAAAGGACCUCGGUAUCAAGUCGCUGCCGAAUGGAUCCUGGAUUGUUUUUGUCCAUGUAAGUUUUUUUUUUUUAAGCUUUUCGUUCGCGUCUUUACAACGAAGCGCUGCAAGCUGAAGUGUAAACAAACAACAGUUGGCUUGAUUCUCACUUGUGUUGGCUCUUAUCUCUCAGCUAAAUCAUUCACAAUGAUCAUCAGAAACCCCUUUAAAGACCUGGCUCUUAGUUAAACAAGACGGAGAAGUGAUCACGGCGCAUUGUAACUGUACAGCUGGGGAAGAAUUUUGUCGCGACCUUCAUGCAUAUGGACUUUGUGAGGAGUAAACAAAGAAACAGCUGGGGACUUUAGCGCUUCGUGACUAAAAAAUGUACCGAAAAAUAACGACACACAGCAAGAAAAGUACUUGGAAAACACUAAAGACAGAGCUGAGAGGGAAAUACAAACCUUACACCAAGUGAUCGCUGCAAACUCGAGCAUGCUUCGACUCGGCUCCCUUCGAUUUCACUGAGAGGUUCAAAAGCCACCUUUCUCAGUGUCUUUUAGUGAAAUCCUGUGUUCAUUCACCUUUUUUUAUUAGUUCACGGGGAACCCUGAAGAAACUUAUCAGUUUCAUGGUUUGAUCAAUUCAAACAACCUAAAACAAUGCAAGCGUAAGGUAUUUUUCAUGCGAGCAAUGCAGCUUCUCCGUACAAACGCUUUGUCAACUGAGCUUUGGUAGACCACCAGCUAAAAUUUUGAAUAACUAAUGAGGUGGAUGUGACGUCACGUGAAACCCAGCAAUUGUGCCUUUAGGAAGUGCUCUUUCGCUGUUCAGUCGUCAGUUUGUCAUUUUCAGCUUUCUGUAAAAAUUCCUUUUAUGGAAUUUUUUGGGUGUCACUUUAUGCAAAUCAGCUGUGCAGUUGGUUAAGUCUUAGGAAAACAUUUAUACCCAACUUUAGAAAAACACUGAUAAAUGAAGGCCCAUCGUAAAACAUAACGAACGCUGCAAAUAUCAGGACUCACUUUCCCAAACACUGAAAAGUAAAGAUCGGAGUAACUGGAAGAGAGAGUGUUCACGAUGAACUCCAUGCUUCAUUCAUUAGGAAACUGAGUCCUGAUAAUGAAUCAUGGACCCAUAAUUUCAACAGAUAUCAGGAUUUUUUUUGGCCAUUUUCAAUCUUUUUAAAAUGGGUUUUGAAAGAACAAACGAAUCAAACAUUCAAAGGGAUAGUGUAAAACUAUGAAACUCCACUGCAGACUUAUAACGAGACCGUCAGUGACGGUGUAGCUCACUCUGGCCCCGUCUAGUCCAGAAUAGGGAUGGCGAAAACUAAAAAAAAUCUUGACCGACCACCGAGCCUCAUUAGCCGGUUAAAGUCGGUUAACCUAUGAGUUUAAAAUUCUAGAAUUGGAAUUAUUUACAGGGAUGCAAACAGUGCGCCUUUUGGCGGAUGCCAUCUUUUUCACGGCUGAAUCGCGCAGAUCCGAUUUUUUUUUUUUAAGGGGGGCGUUGGAG